AGUGGCGACAGGGGAGAGUUGGGAAGACGCAGGAGAGAAGCAGGAGGCAGCCGGGGAGGGAGCAAUGGGAGCGGGAAGCAGGCAAGUUCCCUCGCAAAUCCCCCUCCGGCCCUACGCCGGCCGCCUCGCCGGCUCCGGCAGGGGAGCGAGGAGCCGGGCGAGCAGAUGGAGGAGUGGAGCUCGCUCUAGGCAGCGGGCUUGGCCGGAGAAUGGAGGAGCCGCCAAGCGACCGGCUGAUUGGAAGAGAAACGCAGCGCGAUGGAGGCGGGGGUAGGAGGACGAUUUCUCUGCGGGGACUGGCGGCGGCGUACACGCCCGGGUCGGGCGCUGCAGAGCUUGGCUAGCUUUCAAACCGCGCUCGCCGGCUCCAGCCCCACGCGCCCCCACCCCAGUCCUCCCGGCGGCUCCGCAGGGUGAGGUGUCUUUGACCCCGGCUUGUCCCGCCAGCACAACCGAGGAGGUGGCUGGACGGCUGGAGAAUGAACGGAGAAGCCGAUUGCCCCACAGACCUGGAAAUGGCCGCCCCCAAAGGCCAAGACCGCUGGUCCCAGGAAGACAUGCUGACUUUGCUGGAAUGUAUGAAGAACAAUCUUCCAUCCAAUGACAGCUCCAAGUUCAAAACCACCGAGUCACACAUGGACUGGGAAAAAGUAGCAUUUAAAGACUUUUCUGGAGACAUGUGCAAGCUAAAAUGGGUGGAGAUAUCUAAUGAGGUGAGAAAGUUCCGCACAUUGACAGAAUUGAUCCUUGAUGCUCAGGAACAUGUUAAAAAUCCUUACAAAGGCAAAAAACUCAAGAAACACCCAGACUUCCCAAAGAAGCCCCUGACUCCUUAUUUCCGUUUCUUCAUGGAGAAGCGGGCUAAGUAUGCGAAACUCCACCCUGAAAUGAGCAACCUGGACCUGACCAAGAUUCUGUCCAAGAAAUACAAGGAGCUUCCUGAGAAGAAGAAGAUGAAAUAUAUUCAGGACUUCCAGAGGGAGAAACAGGAGUUCGAGCGAAACCUGGCCAGAUUCAGGGAGGAUCACCCUGACCUAAUCCAGAAUGCCAAGAAGUCGGACAUCCCCGAGAAACCCAAAACCCCCCAGCAGCUGUGGUACACCCAUGAGAAGAAGGUGUACCUCAAAGUGCGGCCAGAUGCCACUACGAAGGAGGUGAAGGACUCCCUGGGGAAGCAGUGGUCUCAGCUCUCGGACAAAAAGAGGCUGAAAUGGAUUCAUAAGGCCCUGGAGCAGCGGAAGGAGUACGAGGAGAUUAUGCGUGACUACAUCCAGAAGCACCCCGAGCUGAACAUCAGUGAGGAGGGCAUCACCAAGUCCACCCUCACCAAGGCCGAACGCCAGCUCAAAGACAAGUUUGAUGGGCGACCCACCAAGCCACCUCCGAACAGCUACUCGCUGUACUGCGCAGAGCUGAUGGCCAACAUGAAGGAUGUGCCCAGCACAGAGCGCAUGGUGCUAUGUAGCCAGCAGUGGAAGCUGCUCUCCCAGAAGGAGAAGGAUGCCUACCACAAGAAGUGCGACCAGAAAAAGAAGGAUUAUGAAGUGGAGCUGCUCCGCUUUCUAGAGAGCCUGCCUGAAGAGGAGCAGCAGCGGGUCCUGGGGGAGGAAAAGAUGUUGAACAUCAACAAGAAACAAGCCACCAGCCCAGCCUCCAAGAAGCCCUCCCAGGAAGGGAGCAAGGGUGGUUCGGAGAAACCCAAGCGGCCUGUGUCGGCCAUGUUUAUUUUUUCUGAGGAGAAGCGGCGGCAGCUACAGGAGGAACGGCCUGAGCUGUCUGAAAGUGAGCUGACCCGCCUGCUGGCUCGCAUGUGGAAUGACCUGUCGGAGAAGAAGAAGGCCAAGUACAAGGCUCGGGAGGCAGCCCUGAAAGCCCAGUCAGAGAGGAAACCAGCUGGGGAGCGUGAGGAACGGGGCAAGCUGCCCGAGUCGCCCAAGAGGGCAGAGGAGAUCUGGCAGCAGAGUGUUAUCGGCGACUACCUGGCCCGCUUUAAGAAUGACCGGGUGAAGGCCUUGAAGGCCAUGGAGAUGACCUGGAACAACAUGGAAAAGAAAGAGAAACUGAUGUGGAUUAAGAAGGCAGCUGAAGACCAAAAGAGAUACGAGAGAGAGCUGAGCGAGAUGCGGGCCCCUCCAGCUGCUGCAAACUCUUCCAAGAAGAUGAAGUUCCAGGGAGAACCCAAGAAGCCUCCCAUGAACGGUUACCAGAAGUUCUCCCAGGAGCUGCUGUCCAACGGGGAACUGAAUCACCUGCCUCUGAAGGAGCGCAUGGUGGAGAUCGGCAGCCGCUGGCAGCGCAUCUCCCAGAGCCAGAAGGAGCACUACAAGAAGCUGGCUGAGGAGCAGCAGAAGCAGUACAAGGUGCACCUGGACCUCUGGGUCAAGAGCCUGUCUCCCCAGGACCGCGCAGCAUACAAAGAGUACAUCUCCAAUAAACGUAAGAGCAUGACCAAGCUGCGAGGCCCAAACCCCAAGUCCAGCCGGACUACUCUGCAGUCCAAGUCGGAGUCAGAGGAGGAUGACGAGGAAGACGAGGAUGACGAGGAUGAGGAUGAAGAAGAGGAGGAUGAUGAGAAUGGGGAUUCCUCUGAAGACGGUGGGGACUCCUCGGAGUCGAGCAGCGAGGAUGAGAGCGAGGACGGGGAUGAGGUGGGGCAGGCCGGCACACUGGGGCUGGGGCUGGGUCCUGCAAGGGGGCUACCUCGUGACUGUGCAUUCUUUGCCCGUCCCUCCUCACCCCACCCCCGCAGAAUGAAGAGGAUGAUGAGGACGAGGAUGAUGAUGAGGAUGACGAUGAGGAUGAGGACAAUGAGUCUGAGGGCAGCAGCUCCAGUUCCUCCUCCUCUGGGGACUCCUCGGACUCUGACUCCAACUGAGGACUGGCCCCACCCCAGGGCUGCCAGGGAGAGGACAAGCCUCCUGUGAGAGCCCAGGGGCUCCCCUCCCCAACUGACCACCUUUGUUUCUCCCCCAUGUUCUGGCCCCUGGCCCCUGGCCUCCCCCACUUUCUUUCUUUCUUUCUUUUUUUUUUUUUUUUUUAAAACAAAAUAUGGUGGGGAGAGGGGGGCUGGAGGAGCCCAGGCCAGGACUCUGCAGCCUCAGAGACAUCAGCCCUGGGGCCUCCAGGGAGAGCAACCAUCAGACUGAGCCAGCACUGGAUGGCGGCCCACCCCUUUGCAGAGCCCACUAUACUUGUGGUUCCGGCAUGGACAAUGGACCAGGGAGCAGGGGUGGGGGUCCCAAAGAGUUCAUUGAGGCCCUCCACACCUGCAGCCCAACCCAAGGUGGGGCAGGUGGAAGCUGGGGAAGGACCCCUUCCUUCCCGGACGCUUGCCGCCCAGACCCCCACAUUGGAACUGGAGGCAGGGAACCUGUGGGGAGAGGAGGGCAGCAGGUGCCUUGGAGAAAAUAGGCAUUGCCCUCAUGUCUCUCUCCCCUGCCCCCUGCAGGAAGGAGCUGCCUGAACCCACUCAUGGGGAGGGGGGAAGGGGCAGAAGUGUUUUUUAUAUAUGUGUAUAUAUUUUUUUUUUUAAGCUCUGAGCUGUCAACGAGACGUUUCCUACCGAUCUCGGCUGCCGUCUCUGUUGUCAUUUCUGGGAAAGGGAGGGUUUAGGGGGUAGGUUUGGGACUUUUUUAAAAUGGUCUUGAUGCGUGUGGAAGUGUGUGUGUGUGUGUGCGUGGCCUGUACAUAGCAUGGGUGCACGUGUGGGUGUGUGAGUGCACGUGUGUGAGUGUGUGUGUGAGAAAGAAGGGGGUCUGUCCUGGAGCCCACCUCAGUCUCUGUUGGUGAAUCUGGAAAAAGGGUUGGUGAUGUUGAAGGCCAGGGAGACAUUGAUCCUGGUGGGAGCAGGCUGGGCUGCCCGCUUCUCCACAUCCUCUGCUCUGCCUAGUCUCUGAUUCGAUUUUGGGGGGUGUGCUCAAGCCACUCUCAAGCUUCCUUACUGGUUUUCCCUCUGCCAGAGCCCUAUGAAUCCGAGCUGCUGCUGGUCUCUGUCCUCUGGUAGGAGGCAGGGAGGGGAACAGACGUGUGAACCUUAAAGUGAUUCUUGGUGGAAGAGGCCUCUCCCCUGCACAUCUGAGGGAUCAGUCUGGCCACCCUAGGCUCAGAAUCUGGGCUUGAAGAAUGUGCUGGAAACUCUUAACUUACACAUCCCUCUUGCCUUCCCCAUAUCCUCAGCUCCCCCUCUCCCAUUUCCUUUGAUUUCUCAGGUCUGCCCCCUACCUUCAACCCACAGCUGGGGAAGAGGUCUGCAACAGCUGCUUCUGCAGCUGUCCCUUUCCUUUCCCAGCCAUCCCAAAGUUUUUGGUGCCCUGAUUCCUUGAAUCUUAAUAAGCCAAGCCACCUUGUCUCUGUGGGUCUAAUUUUCUUGUUUUGACUACAUUUUUUUUUUUUUUUUAACAAUCAUGUCGGUGACCUAUUUAAUAGGGGCUUUUUGCUUUUCCGCCCCCCUCCCCAUGAACGCCAGGGGUGGAGAAAGAGUGGGAACUCUGGGGAGGGAGUCAGGUAGGGAAAGUGAGGGGCCCUGGCCCCACAGCACCUGGUGGGUUCCUCUCCCAAAGGUAGCCAGAGACAAUCUCUGCUUCACCUCAGAAUGUGGUGCUGGGGAUGGGGGGGCAGUUAGGGGGGGACAUUCCCCACUGCCCUUUCUUUGUCCUGAUACUGGAAUCGGGUAUAGGGGUCUGUAGGCUCUAUUUCUUACUGCAAGCCCCUCAAGGAACCCAGUUUCCCUGAUUGAAUGCCCUUGCGUUGUUGUGCUUUAGUGAAAUGUGUUUUCAUUUAGAAACAACUUUUACCAGGGAGCUUUUUUUUUUUUCCUGUUUUAAAAAUUGAAAAAUUCUUACAGUACAAACAGGGCCGUGGGGUGGGGUUUGGUGCUGUAAGAGGUCACUGAGUGCAUUUUGGCACUGGAAAUGGGAUGGCUGGGGUGAGAGGACCCCCCUCCCCCCCCUUUUUUUCUAAUAUUUAAAUAAGUGUUUUGUAGGUUUCAACAACAAUCACAACUUGAAUUUGUAUCUUGGGAGGUGGGAGGGAGUGGCUUAGAGGUGUCUGCCUAAGCUUAAGGCCAACUGUGGAAGUUUUGUUUUCCCUUUUUUGUACAAUAAAGUGAAAAACAAA